CCUGCUUCCUGCUUCCGGUGCCGGGGCUAUAAAAGGCGCUUCCGCCUCCGCGCGUGCGACUUGUCGCGGGGCCCUGCCGUCGCGCGGCGCUUUCCUUUCCGGGUGCCGGGAGCUCGCGCCGCCUGUGCCAUGAACGCCCGCGGGCUCAGUGCGGAGAAGGCCGCUGCCUUCACCCGGCGGCUGCGGGCCGAGCCGCAGUUCCUGCUGGCCCAGAACGUGGCGACCUGCAACGACCCGCUGGAGGUGUGCUUGCAGCGGCAGGUGGUGCAGGACACGGUGCAGGUGUUCCAGCACGCUGUGCCCGCCGAGGGCAAGCCCGUCACCAACCAGAAGAACUCCGGGAGAUGUUGGAUCUUUUCAUGUCUCAAUGCAAUGCGUCUUCCUUUCAUGAAGAAAUACAACAUCGAGGAGUUUGAAUUCAGCCAGUCGUAUCUCUUUUUCUGGGAUAAGGUUGAACGUUGUUACUACUUUUUAAAUGCCUUUGUGGAAACGGCUCAGAAAAAGGAGCCUGUGGAAGGAAGACUGAUACAGUUCCUGCUUUCCAACCCCACAAAUGAUGGUGGACAGUGGGAUAUGUUGGUUAAUCUUAUUGAAAAGUAUGGUGUUGUCCCCAAGAAAUACUUCCCAGAAUCUCAUACCACAGAGGCUACAAGAAGGAUGAAUGAGAUCUUGAAUCAUAAGAUGAGAGAGUACUGUUUGCGGCUAAGAAAUAUGGUGGCGUGUGGGAUAACGAAGGGGGAACUUACUGCUGAAAUGGACACUAUGAUAGAAGAGGUUUUCAGAAUAGUGAGUACUUGCUUGGGCAGCCCUCCAGAGACCUUCUGCUGGGAGUUUCGGGAUAAGGAGAAGAACUACAACAAAAUUGGCCCUGUGACGCCAGUGCAGUUCUACAACGAGCACGUGAAGCCUUACUUCAACAUGGAGGACAAGAUUUGUCUAGUGAAUGAUCCUCGACCACAGAACCCAUAUAACAAGCUGUAUACGGUGGAGUACCUUGGCAAUAUGGUAGGAGGGAGGAGAACGCUCUACAAUAACCAGCCUGUUGAUGUCUUGAAAAAAUUGGCUGCAGCCUCUAUUAAGGAUGGCGAGGCUGUGUGGUUUGGCUGUGAUGUUGCAAAGCACUUCUAUGGCAAGCUGGGAAUCAAUGACAUGAAUAUAUUUAAUCAUGAGCUGGUGUUUGGUGUCUCCAUCAAGAACAUGAACAAAGCAGAACGAUUAAUCUUUGGCGAUUCAAUGAUGACCCAUGCUAUGGUCCUGACGGCUGUCACCGAGAAGGAUGGGCAAGAAGGGUCAUUUGAAAAAUGGAGAGUGGAAAACUCCUGGGGUGAAGACCGUGGUAAUAAAGGUUACCUGAUCAUGACUGAUGACUGGUUCUCUGAGUACGUGUAUGAAGUUGUGGUGGAUAAGAAGCAUGUGCCAGAAGAUAUCUUGGCAGUGAUGCAGCAGGAGCCGAUUGUUUUGCCAGCCUGGGACCCUAUGGGGGCAUUAGCCAAGUGAACUACAGUGUUUGCCUCCUAAUGAUCAACCAGAAGUAGAUGCAAUAGAGAAUCCCAGUGGUUGGAAGCCAUAGCCAAAUGUUAAUGUGACCAAGCACUCGGCAUGGUCCAUAUUCUUGAAAUGUAAGUUAAGGAUCUUUGGAAAAUAGCGCUUUACAGACUGGCUCAAUAAAAGCUCUCAGGCAGGCUACUCUGCAAAACUAAAAAAGGGAAGAAGGAAAAACUAAUCAUGAAAAUGUAUUACAAGUGCUUUCAAUGGCUGUUUGAUUUUAUGUUAAUUUUUUUAAUAAAAAUCAGCAUAGUAACUUAGUAGAAUAUUUUUGACUAGUAUUUUCCCUAGAAAAGAUGGCCAUAAUAGGCCAUUCCUUAAAGUUAACAACUAGGUGAUCGUUAAAACAGUUACAUCAAGGUACUUAUAAAUUAAUCAUCCGUGGUCUCUUAUACCAUAAAAGAAUAUCCAAAAUAUUUUGUACCUUUACAGUUUUAGUUUUGCUGCUUAGGGAAGAAAUUUGGAAGGGGACAUAAGAGUAGAAACUGCUCCAUUCCUUAAAAUAGCCUUUAGAAAAAUUUCUCUUCCAGCAGGAGAGAAACUGCUUCCUGGAGGCUUCCAGUUUCACUUGUUUUUAAUCUUCCGUUAUUGAGCUAGGACUGGAUAACUGUAUCAAGGCCCAGUGCUAAGUCUGUGUGCACAGGAGCGCUAUUUUUCAGUUAGAUUAGCAAGAACAACCGUAAAUAUGUUCACAGGUGGAGUUAGUGUCAUGCUCAACAGAAAAAUUUUAAUUGCUGCAUUUUAUUUGGAUGUUCUCAAAAACAAGAUGGUGCUAUGAAGCUUUUAAAUAAACACUUUCUUAAGUGA